UAUAUCCGUAGGGUCGUGGGGAAUUUGUAUAGAAAACGACUGCUUCUUACUUAUUAACCCUUCCUCCUUUCCUCCUUCCUUAUCUUUCUCGAUCUUCCAAUCUUCUUCAACACAGAUGGGGAAUUGCCAGGCCGUGGACGCGGCGGCUCUGGUGAUACAGCAUCCGUCCGGGAGGCUAGAGAGGUUAUAUUGGCCGAUCCCUGCGAGUGAAGUCAUGAGAAUGAAUCCGGGUCAUCAUGUUUCUCUCAUCAUUCCCUUGCCUAUGUCUGAGGACGAGCAAGGGAAUCGAGAUCGGAGUACGGUGCGUUUCACUCGUGUUAAGCUUCUCCGGCCCACCGAGACUCUCACCCUCGGCCAUGCUUAUCGACUUAUCACUUCUCAAGAGGUCAUGAAGGUCAUGAGAGCGAAGAAGUAUGCCAAAACGAAAAGGGACACGAUGAAAAAGUUGCAGCAGCAUGAACAAGAGAACCUAAGUUCAGGAAGAAAGUCCGACGCAGACACCACCGACCAAGAACUAAAGCAAGAAAGGCAAAGCUCAAGGACAACACCUGAGAACGCCGAUGCGAUGAGGUCGAAAUCAUGGCGGCCGUCAUUACAGAGCAUCUCAGAGGCUGGAAGUUAAUAUUGAUUUGUGUUCAGGUUUCAGUUGUAAGGUGUAGAUUAGGUUUUGAGAAUGGCAAUGGCAAUGAACUGCCUCUUUUGUGCAAUAAAGACCCCAAAAUAGGGAAAAUGGAAAUUCACCAAUUGAAUGAAGGUGACAACCGAGAUUUUCUAA